UGGAAAGAAGGCGCUCUUGGAGGCAGCCAAUCAGACCCCCGCAAAGGCAGAGGUGUUUGGAGAGCGCAGAGCGCCUUGCCUUGCAUGGUGAAUGUUGUCUCCGAGGGUAGACGGCUCCCCAAUCACCUGACCUCUACCUGGGCGCUCCGCGGUCCAAAGCGGCUUCUGCUCGUCCGGGUCUCCUUCGGUGCAAGGGCGGCAGCAGGAAAGAAGACAGCCGUGACCAGGAGGAUUCCUUCCUCGGCUGGGCGGGAGCGCCAAGGCGCCUCCCCUUCUCCAUCCUAUGAAAGUGACGCGGGUAAUGGGGACCUUUGAACCGGGGCAGAGGCAGACUCUUAUGUAUGUUAAGGAAAAAUGAAUACCACCAUGAGUGAGGAACCGGAUGCAUUAACUGUAGUUAACCAGCUGAGAGAUCUGGCAGCUGAUCCCCUGAACAGAAGAGCAAUUGUCCAGGAUCAGGGAUGCUUACCAGGCCUUAUUUUAUUUUUGGACCAUCCCAACCCACCAGUUGUCCAUUCAGCGCUACUUGCUCUCCGCUAUUUGGCAGAAUGUCGUGCCAAUAGAGAGAAGAUGAAGAGUGAGCUUGGUAUGAUGCUGAGCUUACAGACUGUUAUACAAAAGGCUACGACACCAGGAGAGACGAAACUAUUAGCUUCUGAAAUCUACGAUAUUCUUCAGUCUUCCAGUAUGUCUGACGUGGACAAUGUAAAUGAAAUGAAUUCUCGGCGUCGGAAAGCUCAGUUUUUCCUGGGAAGUACAAAUAAACGUGCUAAAACAGUGGUUUUACACAUAGAUGGCCUUGAUGAUUCGUCUCGGAGAAACCUGUGUGAAGAGGCACUGCUGAAAAUUAAAGGGGUCAUCAGCUUUACGUUUCAGAUGGCAGUGCAAAGAUGUGUGGUCCGAAUCAGAUCAGAUUUGAAAGCAGAGGCACUGGCAACAGCAAUAGCAUCAACCAAAGUUAUGAAAGCCCAGCAAGUUGUGAAAAGUGAAAGCGGUGAAGAGAUGCUGGUUCCGUUCCAAGAUACUCCUGUAGAGGUGGAACAGAAUACUGAUCUUCCUGAGUAUUUGCCAGAAGACGAAAGCCCUUCAAAGGAACAGGACAAAGCAGUAUCCCGUGUUGGCUCACAUCCAGAAGGUGCAGCCAGUUGGCUGAGCACAGCCGCAAACUUUCUGUCUAGGUCCUUUUAUUGGUGACCUAGGGUCAAGGCUAAAGGACUGCGUGAACCAACGGGGGAGGGGGGCAGUUUUCCAUUGGUGUGGUGGAACUACAAAGUGCAAUUUGCAAUAAGUUAUCACAACAGAUUUUUUAGACUACACAAAACAUAUGCUGUGUUUUACAUUUUAUUGGACGUUUGGCCUUCGAGGCCAAUCAGAAGGCUGGAUGGAGGCCUCAAAUCAAGGUUUGUUCAUUCCCUUGCCCCAUCCCUGUUCUAAAAUGUUUUAUUGCCUCCCUUUUUAAUAUGGGUCCAUGAUCAAUCAAAUAUUUUUGAGUGUGCAAAGCUUUAAGUUAAGACUCAUACUGCAUACACACAGAGCCCACUCGGAACAAAUCUCAGGACGUAUGUGCAAGGAAAUUCUUAGUUUUAAUUUUGCAUAGAUUGGAAUGCCUUUUUCAGUUUGCCUUAUUUCAGAUUCAGAUUAUUAUCGUUCCUUCUGGAGGGUCACUCCUUAUGAUUUCUUCAUCCUUUUUUGGUCCCUCCUGAGCUUUGUUCAGAGCCAGUGUGUUUGGAUUCAACUUGUUGUAUUACGAGAGGAAUGCUUACGACUAGAACUGAGCCCUUAGUACAGUUGAGCCCCCCCAUUAUCAACAAUUAACUGCUCUCACUCUGAUCUUUAAUAUGAGGUUAAAUAGAAAUUGUGUGUAUGUACUCAUCCAGUAAAUAAGCAGCUGUAAGAAAAUGCUUGUAAUGAUGGCUGUGAUGUUUUAAAUAUGAGGAGAAACCACUGAUUGUGAUUUAGAUUGGUCUAGAAGCUCUGGUGCCAAGAGUUGCAGUCUGUUCCAGUGAUGCCUUGUUGCCGAUUUUGUCUGAAAUGUGUGGUGAUGGCCUUAUUUAAGAAUGGUUUUCACUUCAUAAUGAGAGCUAAGAAGUUAACAUUGUGGGGAGUAGAAUGCUGAAUGUGACACAAUCUCACCACCUCACAGGUCAAACUUCAAUUUCUUGGUGGAAAUGUAUACACUAUCCCUGUUGCCUUUGAUAGAGUACUUUUAUAUUCCACCUUGAUGUCCUGUUGCAAGAGUUCUGGGAUCUAGAACAAUGUGAAUUCAGUGUAUGGAGCCAGAAUAGGGCUGGAGUGCCUGAUGUCCAAGGAGGGAUGAGUUUCCUGAAAAAGAUGAAGCAGUCUCUCAAAGUGCAGUAUUUUGACAACCAACAAACCAUCCUAUUCCUGGACUGUAAGCUUUGCCUUGUUGUGCUGCAGUCUAAAUGAAUCUUCAAAGGUGCCUGGAUCAUUUUAUGUGGUCUCCACUUACUUUCCUGAAAAGAUAGUAGAGGUACAGUUCCAGUAGGCAAAACAUGUGUAGCAAUGUAAUUGACAUUUAGGCUGAGAUUUUUUCAGAACAGCUUUAGUACUGCUGCUUGGCACCCUGGGAAUAUUAUGGCCGAGAGACUCCUAAGUAACUCUGAACCUGAUCCUACUGUGCUUUGUUUUGUGGUGCAAUCCAUAGAGAUGUUGACUAGGCCAGUGGCUUAAAUGUGUAAAGCCAAAGCUUUACUCUUUGGGAAGUCUUAUUUCUGUGUCUUGCACAGCAGCAGCAGCAGCAGCAAUUAAGUAGCAUCUAGAAAUUGUCAUUUUAAUUAAAACCGUGUGCAGGGGAAAGGGGAAUGUAAAAUACCAACAAUAUGUCAAAGUUCACCUUAAAGUCAGUGUCUAUUUGAGAUAAACAGUUUUCUUUCAGAGUAGAUUUUCCCCUGUUUUUUAAUGUACCCGAUUUAUUUGGUUGAAGUUUACACGCACAGAAUACAAGCUUUCUAAGGCAUGUAUUGUAUUAAAUAUGUAUUACUAAGCAUAUUGCUGUCUAGAAUGUUACAAUACCAAAUGUGUUCGCGGAAUCCUCUGUCAUGUAGCCAUGGACAUGAUGUUUACUUCUUCUUAACAUCUCUCUCUUUGCAUUUUGUGUUCCUGCACACCCUCUGCACUACAUGACACACCCCAUUGAAUAUUAAUGGUUCCAGUAGUUAUUGAAAUGUGUAUUCAGUUUGUAGGUAAACUUUUUUUUGGUCAAUAUUGCAGUUCUCCAACUUAAAGUAUCUGUAAAAGAGCUUUUCAAAUCCUGUAAAAUAAAAAUGUAAUAUAAUGGAA